AUCAGAGAAAUUCCAUUCCUUGGUGAUUUAGGAACUGGAAUUAAAAAGUUUGCAAAAGAUAAAGAAUUAAUCAUAUGGGCUUGUAUACGCCAUGUGCUAAAUCUACUGUCUGAGGGAAGCAUGGUGGAUGGCAUGAUCGAGGAUACAAUCAGAGCCAUAAGGCAAGAGGAUUAUGAAGCGAAGGCUAUUCAAUAUACUCAAUUACUCGAAGAAUGGCAUAAUGAAGGUGCGAUUUCAUCGAAUGCCAUUCAAAAAUAUAACAAAUUUUGCAUUAAUAAAAAAGGAAAAUUCUGCUUGUGUUUUAGGGAAUGCCUUAUUGGCCCAUCCAAUCAUGCCGAAAGUUUCCAUUUGCAAUAUCAAAAAAUCUUAGAAAAAUUUUCGGCAGGAAAAUUUGAUUUCAAGCUGAUGAUUCAUCUCCUUUCAGAUUAUAUAAUGCAGAGAGAAAAGGAUGUACCGAAAAUUGUAAAUACAAAUGUUAGUCGAGAACUAAGCAACCAAAAGAAAUAUGCAAAACAGCUCUUGAAUGUUCAUCCUACAUGCGGACAAUGGUGCAUUGAUCAGGAAUUGAUUCUUAAGAGUAAGUUCGGUGUUAAAUUUCCAUGCAUUCACGAAAUUAAGAAAGACACUACUAUUUCUCAACUAACAUUGCCUCCUUGCAUAGGAUUAUUUGAAAUCGAAAGAAAUGAAGCACAAAAUCAAUUUAAAGUAUCUAACAAGUCAA